AUGGUCCUUUACAAACGCAAACCGGUCCAAUACCUUCCGCGACCCGUGAUCGAAGAUGAUAGCUCCGAGGUCUGGGUGAUCCCGGAGACCAACGAGGUCUUCACGAGCUAUGAGCCGUACCUCCAGCGGAUGGACUUUUACAAAUCGCGCCGAUUUAUUUGCGAAAUCACGGGCCAUUCGGGAAUGACCUUUUUUGAAGCGCUUCGGAGCGAGCUGGAGGAAUCGCGCGAGGUCAACAACAGCUUCCCGGAAGCACUGAAGGAGCCAAUUCUCCGUCGCAUUCAAUUUUCGACGACCUCAAGAGUUGACAACCUGGUGGACGAAAUAUAUGAAGAAUUCAAGUCAGACUUUUACCCCGGAGAGCCGGUCCUUAUCCUACUAGAAGACAACAGCAGACUUCACGGCACCAUCAGAGACAAGGCCAACUUUGCCGAGCAAUUGUACGCGGACGGCACCAUCAAGACCCCGGCGUAUGCCAGGUAUCUGGUCAAGAUUUCCGAUCGCCCUAAUGAGGAGGCCUUGUUGGAUCAGGAUCAUAUCACUCGUGAUCGAAAGUCGUUCACGAAGUUGAUGCUGCGUGGCUUUAUCAAAAAUAAUGUUACUCGAGAGUCCUGGACUGGUGCUCCGUGGCUGGUGAAACCGUCGGUCGCCGAGGAGUACAAGAUUUCCACAGAGGUGCCUAAGCAUUUACAGUAUGGCGCCAAGGUAGCAGAGAAGAAAGCAAUGAAGAAGGCAGACCAGGAAGGCUUCUUUGGGUUCUUUUCGUCUCAGCAGCUGCCUGAACUGAAGCCAGCAGUCAAAGGAGCCAAAUCCAAGAUGACCGCACACGACCACGCCAAAUCACGCGAAGCCCAAUACCUGGAGUAUCAACGAUCUCUCAACGGAAAUCCAACCUUCCUUCCUCCAAACAACCCACUUCGCCCAAGCAAGCCGCCGCUGGUCGGUGACAAGAAAAUGCCACAUCCCUCAGUUGUCAUCAAAGAUGAGUCUCGGCCACCAUCACCACCUCCGAUCAAGUACCCCAUGGAGGAUCUUGAGCUGGCUCCUACCAAAGACAAGACUCACCGCCCGACUUUGAAAUUCCUGAUGGUGGGCGAUACUGACGAUGAUGGGGCCGAGGACUUGCUACCUGACGACGUGGAACCCGAGUCAGUCGGACUCCUUUUGGAAACCUGGGAUACCCUCAAUGUUUAUUGUGAGGUGUUCCAACUGGAUUCAUUCACCUUCGACGACUUCGUUCAGGCCAUGCGCUUCUCUUCUGAGGAAAUGGACUGUGAGCUCCUCGUCGAGAUUCACUGUGCCCUCCUCAAGAAGCUGGUCAAUUCCGAGGGUAACGGCGGUGCCGCCCAGAUCUCUCUUCCGGAUUUCCCUUCUGAAGACUCGGACGACUCUGAGAACUCAGAUGAAGACGAUGAGAAUGAAGAAAGCGAAGAGGAAGAAGAAGAGUCAGGCCCAGCUAGGAGAAUGACUACUCGUGGCAGCUUGGCAAAGAAAGAGGCCGAGAGCCUGAAGGCACAGCUCGAGGAGCCCGAAGAGGAUGAACGGAUCCAUCGUGCUGCGGAGAUGUUCGGCAACUACAGCUGGAUUGAUCGGCUGCGCCGACGAGACUUCCGCAAUGGUGGAUGGGAAUUGGUGAUGAUUGGUCUUCUGCACCAGCUGUCUGUUCGACCUCGUCUCGAGCAGACCUGCAAUGAAAUUCUCAAACACCUGGCGCCGCUCGAAGAGCCCGCCACCCAGAAGACUGCACGGGAGCAAUACCGUACCCUGGAUAUUAAUCUUCGAGUCAAGGCUCUCCAGAUCAUCUGCAUGCUGAGCUUGGAGACAAAGGCCAUCCGCAAUUACAUGGAGGAAUGCAGUGUUCAGAUGACCGAGUUCCGCAAGGUGAAGAUCGAGCAUCAAAAGGCUCGCAAAGCUGCACUCCAAGACUUGCGACAAUUGCACCAAGAGCGAAAGGCACUUCAGCCAGAACCCGAAAAGACCACCGAGAAAUCGCCGACCCCCGUGCCAGAGCUUGACGGGCUAGACGACUCGAAGAUGACCGGUUUGGAGGGUGAUUCUGAGAUUCCCAUGGAUACAGAUGACGAAGACACUCCCCGACCGCGCUCGCUCCGAGGCGGUGCAGAUCGCGCGGCCGAACGCAAGCGCAAGCAAGACGAGGAGCGCGAACGAAAGGAGCAACUGGCCAAGCAGCCUAAAGGAUCCAAGCAGUAUCAGCGUGUGCUCAAGAAGAUUGAGGAUCAAAAGGCCAAGAUCGCCAAGAUCGAGGAGAAGAUCGAAUCGGUGGACAACAACCUCCGCGAGGCUGACUGCCCCCGUACGAAAUGCCUGGGCCUGGACCGUUUCUGCAAUCGGUACUGGUGGUUUGAGCGCAACGCGAUGCCUCCCGCUGGAAUGCCCGACAGUUCUACAGCGGAAGCCAACUAUGCCAACGGUCGUCUUUGGGUGCAAGGCCCUGAUGAGAUGGAGCGUGCCGGCUUUAUCGACCUGACUGAUGAGCAACGCAAACAAUACCAGAAGCAUUUCCACACCACCCCGGCUGAGCGCAAGAAGCACGAAGAGGGACCUACGCACGUGUCGACUGCCCGUGAAUGGGGCUACUACGAUGACCCCGAGUCUGUUGAGCAACUGAUUCAAUGGCUGGAUGCGCGAGGCAACCGGGAGUGCAAGUUGCUGAAGGAACUUCAUUUGCAACGAUACACUAUUGCGAAGUACAUGAAGAACCGCCAGGAGUACCUGACUGUCAGCGCCGAACGAGCCGAGUCGGAGGAACUGCCUACGAAGCGUGUGACUACGCGCAAGAAGACGUAUCUGGAUGUCAACGAGCACCGCCUCCGCUGUCUCCGGUGGCACAACGGCACGUCUUUGAGUGAGAAUGGCCAUCUGCACGUCGAUCCUGAGCGGCCCGCCAAGCGGCAGAAGCGGAACGCCGAUGAUACGCGAGGCAGCCGAGGAACGCGGGGAAAGACGUUGACCCGACGGGGCUCACGGCGCGGGGGUUGA